UGAUUAAAGAAAUACUUCAGUUUUGUAUUGGGGGAAGUUUACCAAAGAUUCUGAGCGCGGUAUGCAAGAUAGAAUGCAGCCCACAAAAACGAGAAUCAAGACCACUAAACCUCAAAAAAAAGAUAACAAUGAUGCAAUCGAAGCUCAACCACAAAAUGUUGAGAAAGGAAUGAAUGGCAAAGAAAAUAACAUUCAAGGAAGCGGAUGAAAAUGAAGAGCUGUUUGACUUUGACUUCAAAAAAUAUAAAAAAGUCCUCAAUUUUCUGUAGUGGGAGAAGUUUGCGAAAGUGAAAAAGGUGCAUUCAAAGCACUAGAAGAAUGGAAAACGUUUUUAGAGCCCCAAAAGAGAACAAUGAGAACCUGAAGGCUGAACCACAACAAGCUGAAGAAGGAAUGACGAAGAAAAUGACAUGCAGGGAAGAAAACUUGAGGAGCAAGCUUGCAGUUGAAAAAGAGAAGAAGCGAAAGUCUUGAGUGGUUUUCGUCCAUUCAAAGUUGUAUUCACUUUUCGACCCUAUCGGUAUGCUGGUGACUUUCUAACCAAUCCAGAGCCAAAGUCAAUUAUGACAUGCGCUAUUUAAAUGUCGAGCAACUAAAAAAAUUCAAAAUUCAUAACACCCCAUUCCGCCCAUUGGUUUAUGCCAAAAUUUUGGUAGUUUCAUAAAACAUGCAUAUAAAGAGAACCGGGGUGCGCAGAAACAAAUUGUGAUGGAUAGUGCGUCCAGCUGGAGAAAUCGAGAAGUUUGCGUAGUGUGCAAUCGGAUCCCGGAUCGCUUUCCCGUUUUCUGUUGCAUCCAAAAGCACAUUUGUUGCCAGGUUUGCUUCCAGAGGUUGAAACCUGGACCCAGAGGUAAUGGCGCAAAUUUAUCAUGUCCACUAUGCAGAAGCGCUGGAGACCUUGAGGACUCCAGAGCAAUGCCAGAUUGCCGAAGUAAAGCGAAUUUAAGGCCGGGAAUUGGCAGGCCUUAUCGCUACAACGUGAACACGCUGCCCGUCACCAAAUACAAUUACUCAAAAAACUACCAAGAUUUUUUUACGCCCUCAACAUCGCAAAUCACUUCGCAUGAUGAGGACAAACUGUUUGAAGCCCUCAUAGGAAUGAGCAAGGAAAAAUUCUAUGGAUCCCAGGUGGGUUGCAGAUCCAAUCCAACUUUAGCUAGGAAAAACCGGCCAAACCCGCCCAAGUCUGUACUCAGUCUACCGCCUUCGGCCUCCAAAAGGCCCUUCAGAUGUCCGCACAAACCAUGCCAUAAAACAGUGGCUGUGGCCCAGUUUGUCAACCAUUUCAAGUCCGAGCACAACGACGUGUCCAAUUGGACAGUGGAACGGGGGAAGGAACUCCUCCUACCAUGCGACAUAUCCCUGAUCGAAUACAACUUCCACUUCUGCUUAUCCAUGAUAACAGUCUACGAAGUCAAUCGCAUUGACUACCUCAAAGUGGGCGGAUCCGAAAGCAUAGUGAGGACUUGCAACAAAUUCUGCCAGAAAAUCCCCAUCAGCACCUUCUGGCUAAUGGCCAGCGGGUCAGAUGAAAGCAAACCGAUGUCUUCCUGCUGCUUCUUCUGGCUGUUCACCAACUCGGAAGAGUCCCACAGAUGCACUCUAGAAUUGAGCUCCAAGGACGAUUCUGUGUCCCUGUCGGCUUUCUGUGGAGUGUCCAAGGUACUGGACAAGGAUUUCGCCAAUGUGAAACAUCGAUUGCAAGGUCUAGUCGUUACCAGGUCCUCACUUAGGGCCAUGCUGAAGGAAGGUGCAGUGCUAAAUCUUCGAGUGACUGUACAUUGAUUUUGAAAGAUUAAAAAUUGUGCUUAGCAUUUUGA